AAAGACAGAAGAGCGGAAGAGAGUGAAAGGAGAAGAUCGUUUCUCUCUCUCUCUCUCUCUCCCUCUCUCUCUCUCUCUCUCUAUAUAUAUAUAUAUUUAUGUUUCUCUGUGAAAAUCGAAAUCCAAAGACCGCGACAGAAGCAGCAACAAGCGGAACGAAGCAAUUUCACUUUUGGAUGAAACGAGAAACUGAAAGUUCAUUAUGCGUAUAGCGUUGAAUCGAGAAUCUCCAUGAGCAAACCUUGUUAUUCAAUCACACAACAAGGGGGUCCUCCAUGUGCGAGACAUAGUCUCAUUCCAUUAUGCAGGUGUUCACCUUCGACAACGGCGACAUUCUCCCCCGCCUCUCCCUCGAAGCUCAGAGCCGCCGCAACUGCAACCGCAGCCUCUUCCGCCCCUCUCCGCCGUGCUGCGGACUCCCAAUCUCCGCUAUUUCGCACCUUGAUGGCCUCCCCAGAACGAGCUUCGCCUGCGACCAGCUCCCUCAGUAUCGAUUCCGUCUCACCAUUCGCAAACUCGAUGGUUGCUCCUUCCAGAUUGAGGUCGAGAAGACGGCCACGGUGGCCGGGCUGAAGGAGGCGGUGGAGGCCGUCUUCGGUCACAUGCCUAGGAAUGGACCUGGAAAGAUUUCAUGGUCACACGUGUGGGGACAUUUUUGCCUGUGCUACGACGGUUGGAAGCUACUUGCUGAUAGUGAACCUAUCAAGAAUUACGGGAUCACCGAUGGAGAUCAGCUUCAUUUUGAUCGUCAUGUAUCCAUCAGAUACAAUCUAGUAAAGAGGAGAUCAAAAGCUAAUAAGUUGCUUGCCUUGGAACAAUCCGUGAUACUGAAUAUCUAUGUGGAGAAGCUACAGAGCCCCGAAAUGGAUGGCGACUCUGAUGAUCAAGAGAAAUCGCUGGACCAGCAUUACGAGGACAAAGACACGACAAGCUAUGAACUGAAGCUGGCUCAGUUGUUCGGAGGAUGGUUCUCAUAUAACAGCAGCCUGGGAGGUUCCGGGAGAGCUGAUGGCUAUUCUUUCCCUUCACCAUUGGCAGAUGGUUUCCUGGUGGGUUUCAUAAGCCUUUUAAGGCUUUAUAGUGAUAAGAAGAAACUUGAUUCUCAAAGAGAUCCGCUGGAAGAGGUGUAGUGUCCACAUUCAGCAUUGAAGCUGGCUGAAAUUGUUCGUGGAUUUCUGAGUCAAUAAGUAAAGUUUCUGAUCAUCAUCAAAGGCGGCACUGAAAUGAAGCUGCUCCUUCUAGAAACUUUGGUGAGGCCUUGGAGUUCUAAGGUUCUCUAGGGGCUGUUAUAUAGAGCGUCAAAGACAAAUUUUAAAGGCCAAAUUGUCCAUUAACUCAAUAGGGUUACUCACUUGGAGUUACAAUUUUAAAUAAACGCGGAAUAAGUGAGAGAUGAUAUAUAUUAUAUAUCAUCAUGUUUUUUAUAUA